ACCAACAUGAUUUUUCAAUAUCAGUCACUAACCUUUACAAAAUCUUUCACACGGAAAAAGGGAAUUGUAAAGAAAAUGGAAGAAAAUAAACGAAACUUAGUUGAUGAAGAAGCUAAAGCUUCUCUAGACAUAUGGAGAUAUCUCUUUGGGUUUGCAGAUAUUGCAGCUGCAAGGUGUGCAAUUGAUCUUAAAGUACCAGAAGCCCUUGAAAACCAUUCUUUGUCACAGCCGAUGACUCUAGCCGAACUCUCCUCCGCUAUCUCCGCCUCUCCGUCACAUCUCCACCGUAUAAUGAGGUUUCUUGUGCACCAAGGAAUCUUCAAAGAAGUACCCACAAAAGAUGGUCUUUCCACAGGCUACACUAACACUCCACUCUCUCGCCGUAUGAUGAUCACUAAACGUGACGGCAAGUCAAUGGCUCCUAUGCUUCUCCUUGAAUCAAGUCAAGAGAUGCUCGCUCCAUGGUUGAAACUGAGCUCAGCUAUCUCUUCGCCGGUCAACGGUUUGGUUCGGCCUUUCGAUGCAGUGCACGGUAAGGAGUUGUGGUCGUUCGCAAAGGACAAUCCGCGCCACAGUGAACUGUUUAAUGAGGGCAUGGCUUGUGAAGCAAGGCGCGUGGUGCCACUUGUAGCCAGAGCUUGUCACGGCUUAUUUGACGGCGUGGCUACGGUGGUGGACGUAGGAGGUGGUACCGGAGAGACGAUGGAGAUAUUAGUUAAGGAGUUUCCUUGGAUCAAAGGAAUUAACUUUGAUCUUCCUCAUGUUGUUGAAGUUGUUCAAGUCUUGGAUAAUGUUGAGAAUGUUGGAGGAGAUAUGUUUGAUUCCAUUCCUGCAUGCGACGCUGUUUUCAUCAAGUCCGUGUUACACGAUUGGGGAGACGAAGACUGCAUAAAAAUAUUGAAGAACUGUAAAGAAGCGCUCCCACCAAAAACUGGAAAAGUAUUAAUAGUGGAACCUGUAGUCGGAGAAAAGAAAAAAACGAUGAUAAUGGAAGAGAGAGAUGAGAAAUUAGAGUAUGUGAGAUUGGCACUUGAUAUGAUAUUGAUGGUUCACACAGGCUCAGGUAAGGAAAGGACUCUGAAAGAGUGGGACUUUAUCAUUAAAGAAGCUGGCUUUGCUCGAUAUGAGGUUAGGGAUAUCGAUGAUGUUCAGUGGGUUAUCAUUGCGUAUCCCUUUUUAAAAAGAAGGAGAUAAAGAGUCAAAUGCAAGCUGGAGGAAGGGCUCAACAACAAAAAGCAUUUGAGAAAUCUCAAGAAUAUUUGUGAAAAUUGUUCUGUGGAAAGAAAAUCUACAUCUUAAGUGUAAGUGUGGGUGUGAGUGUGAGUGUGAGUGUGAGAGUGAGUGUGGAAUCUUUUUUUUUUUGUGAGAAGUUUAAUGGUUUGUUUUGCUAGUCGUGUGUGAUUUGUCAUGUGUUUACGUUUUAUGUUUCUCGGUUCUUGUUUGUUGGCAUAAGAAUUGGUAUUUAUAAUUUGAACAA